AUGGCUGGGGAAUUAAUUGACGGUAAAGCCGUUGCUACAUCUAUUAGAGUGGAGAUCGCUGAAGAGAUCAAAGUCCUACAAAAUGAAACUCCAGAUUUCAAACCAACUUUAGCCAUUAUUCAAGUUGGUAAGCGUGAAGACUCUAAUACAUAUGUUCGUAUGAAACGUAGAGCAGCUGUUGAAGCUAACAUCGAUGCUCAAUUUAUUCAUUUCGACAAUGCCGAUGAAGUAACCGAACAAGAAUUAUUAGAUAAGAUUGCCUCCUUAAACGCGGACCCAUCAGUUCAUGGUAUUAUUGUUCAAUUACCAUUACCUGCUUCAUUGGAUGAAGAUAAGAUUACUUCUGCUGUUCUGGCUACUAAAGAUGUUGAUGGUUUUGGUCCAUUUAACAUUGGUGAAUUAAACAAGCGUAACGGUCGUCCACAUUUCUUACCAUGUACUCCAAAGGGUAUCAUUGAAUUGUUGAACCGUUACAACGUUCCAAUGCAGGGUGCUAAUAGUGUUGUUAUUGGCAGAUCCGAUAUUGUUGGUGGUCCAGUUGCCGAAUUGUUAAAGUCUGGUAACUCUACUGUUACAGUAUUACACUCCUACAGUCAAGAUAUUCCAAAAUACUUAAAGGAUGCCGACAUUGUUAUUGUUGCCAUUGGUAAACCUGGAUUUGUUAAGGGUGAAUGGUUCCAGGACAAUAAGAGAGAUUGUGUUGUCAUUGAUGUAGGUACUAAUUAUAUUGAAGAUAAGACAAGAAAAUCUGGUAUGAGAUGUGUUGGUGAUGUUGAAUUUGAAGCAGUGAAGAGCCAUGUUAAAUUGAUUACACCAGUUCCGGGUGGUGUUGGUCCAAUGACUGUCGCAAUGUUGAUGCAAAAUACUUUACUUGCCGCCAAGAAAACUUUAAAGAAGGAUGGUCCAAUCUUUGAAACUUUACCAUUAAACCUUGAAACUCCAGUACCAUCUGAUUAUGAAAUCUCUAGAAAACAAAAGCCAAAAGAAAUUACUCAAAUUGCUCAAGAAGCAGGUUUAUUACCAUCAGAAUUUGAACCUUAUGGUUCUACAAAGGGUAAGAUUAAGCUGGAUAUUCUUGAUCGUUUACAAGAUAAGACUAAUGGUAAAUAUAUCUUAGUGACCGGUAUUACUCCAACUCCAUUAGGUGAAGGUAAGUCUACCACUACUGUUGGUUUAGCUCAAGCCCUCGGUGCUCAUUUGAACAAGAAAGUUUAUGCCAACGUCAGACAACCUUCUAUGGGUCCAACUUUUGGUAUUAAAGGUGGUGCUGCCGGUGGUGGUUACUCUCAAGUUAUUCCUAUGGAUGAAUUCAAUUUACAUGUAACAGGUGAUAUCCAUGCUAUUUCAAUGGCUAAUAACUUAUUAGCCGCUGCUAUUGACACUAGAAUGUUCCAUGAAUCUACUCAAAAGGAUGCUCCAUUGUAUAGACGUUUAGUGCCAACUGCUAAGGAUGGUUCAAGAAAAUUCACUAAAUCCAUGUUAAGAAGAUUAGAGAAAUUAGGUAUCAAUAAGACUGAUCCAAAUGAUUUGACUGAAGAAGAAAUAUACAAAUUUGCUCGUCUAAACAUUGAUCCAGAGACCAUUACUUGGAGAAGAGUUGUUGAUUGUAAUGACAGAUUUUUAAGAGGUAUCACUAUUGGUGAAGCACCAACAGAACGUGGUUUCACUAGAAAGACAGGAUUUGAUAUAUCUGUUGCCUCUGAAUGUAUGGCCAUUCUUGCCCUAUGUAACUCUUUGGAAGACAUGAGAGAACGUCUAGGUAAGAUCGUUGUUGGAGCUAAUAAGGAGACUGGUGAACCAAUAACUUGUGAAGAUAUUGGUUGUGCAGGUGCUAUGACUGCUUUGCUGAAGGAUGCAAUCAAACCAAAUGUUAUGCAAACUUUAGAAGGUACUCCUGUUUUAGUUCAUGCAGGUCCAUUUGCUAAUAUAUCCAUUGGUGCCAGUUCUGUUCUUGCAGAUAAGAUUGCUUUAAAACUAACUGGUACUAGCUCUAACGCAUCAAAGGAAGCUCAAGAGAAAAAUGUUGGUUAUGUAAUCACUGAAGCAGGUUUCGAUUUCACCAUGGGUGGUGAAAGAUUCAUCAAUAUUAAGUGUCGUUCAUCGGGUUUAGUACCAGAUGUUGUCAUCAUCGUUGCCACUGUAAGAGCUUUGAAAGUCCAUGGUGGUGGUCCAGAAGUGAAGGCAGGUGCUCCAUUACCAAAGGAAUAUACUGUUGAAAACUUAGAUUUAUUAAGGGAAGGUUGUGCUAACUUAGCUAAACAUAUUGAAAAUGCUAGACAAUAUAACUUACCUGUAGUUGUCGCCAUUAACAAGAUGUCAUCAGAUACUGACAAAGAGCAUGAAAUUAUCAAGGAGGAAUCCUUGAAGGCUGGUGCUAGUGAUGCCAUUGUUUCUAACCAUUGGGAAGAAGGGGGUAAAGGUGCUGUUGAUUUGGCUAACGGUGUUAUUAAAGUUACAAACACUGAAAGUAAUAAAGAUUUCAAGUUUUUAUAUGAAACCAAUACCGGUUUAUCCAUCGAGGAAAAGAUUACCAAGAUUGCACAAUCAAUGUAUGGUGCUAAGGAUGUUGAAUUCUUACCAGAAGCGCAAAAGAAAAUUGAAUUAUACAAGAGUCAAGGUUUUUCAAACUUACCAAUAUGUAUAGCUAAGACGCAAUACUCUUUAUCACAUGACGCUAAUUUGAAGGGUGUACCAACUGGAUUCACAUUCCCAAUCAGAGACAUUAGAAUUGCGUCAGGUGCCAAUUACUUAUACGCACUGGCUGCAGAAAUUCAAACUAUCCCAGGUUUACCUACCCAUUGUGGGUUCAUGAACAUCGAGGUGAACGAUGACGGUGAGAUUGAAGGUAUGUUCUAA